AUGAAAACAUGUCUAAAGGCCUGUUUACAUGGAGGUGGGGGACCCCAGGUAGGUUAGGUAACCCGCCUGCCCAUAUAAUCUCUCAUUUUAAUGUGAUCAUGUUUACGUGUUAGAUGGGGUAACCCACCACGCGUUACCUCACCUACCUGGGGUCUGACAACUUUUAUGUAAACAGGCCCUGAGCCAAAGUAGGCUGCAAAACAGCCCGAAUAUUUGAAUACGAUAGGUUUUUUCUCUUGCCACUUCGCGCCUUUGCAAAACCAAUUAUGAGAAAAAAACAACUGUUUUGCAUUCUUAAAAUUUUUUACGCGAGCUGAUCAUGAGUGAUUUACACCCUAAUUUCAAUUUGCAUUUCCAUGUUUUUUUUUUUAUUUCAGAGUUUCAGACAGUUCAUGGCCAAAUUUUGGCCAUAAACAUGGCGCACUUAAAAAAGAAAUGACUGGUAACUCGGAAUGAAACAGAUGGCAAAAAUGCUUUUAAAGAUAAUAAUAAAAAUCAACAAAGGCACACAAAUCACUUAGCUUAACAAAUUUAUUUAACUAGCAAUUGUCAAAUUCCACUUUACCAACACCCGCUUACGGACACCUCAUCAUACAUACAUAAGGAACAGUCUGCUUUGUCCCUGGGAAAAGAAAGCCCUUAAAUUUUGUCUAAAUUCAACCUGCUUUAUACAGACACUCCUUUAAUACCGAGACCUCCUAUGGUCUCUCAGUGUCCGUAUUAACAGCCGUAUUAAGAUAUUUUUCUAUUGGCUUAUCAACUUUAAUGCUGCAUGUAGCUUAAAAUUACUGGAUUAUUUUCUAUUUUUUCUUUGUUUGUUUACCUGUUUAUCUGAUUAUUUGUACUUAACAGUGUCUUUCAAUCAAAAUGGCCUCAUACGCAGUUUCCUUACAAUUAAUGAUCGGUUAAGCUUGUUUUGGUUUUCGUCUUGGGGCCGGGAUGGUCUCCUGUUCUUUAAAGUUUUUUGUUAGUGUUGUUGUUUAUCUAGUUGCAUAAGAAGGUACAGGGGGGCUUGGGAUUUAAGGUAACAUGCCAUUUCUGAGUUCCAAAAACUCUCACUUCCAAAGUGUACAAAACAAUUCUUGUGAAAAUGAGUUUUAGUUGUAGAAGAAUAAAAAUCAUUUUCAGAUCAAUUCGCCAUUGGCACGUCUCCCAUAAUACACCCUGUUUGCCCCCACUCCCCCCACAUUUUACCCAAUCAUUUUCUUCAGUUUCUCUUGGGACGGCUGCAAUACUCAGGAGAAAAGAAAAACAAAGGUUAUCCAAAUUUUUUGUGGGGGGGAGGGGGUAGGGGGAACAAGGUGCAUUAUGAGACAUACAUAAAAUUAAUAAUGUUUUAUUUAUUUGGAGUCUUACACAAUAAAUAGUAUAUCAGUCAGUAUAUGGGAGAUGCGCAUGUGGCUAAUCGCUUCGCACCUAGCCUUGCUUUGAAACAGAACAUUGAGGCAACAUAAAUGAUGGCCUAAGUAUGGAGUUAAAAGGGACUCAGCUGUGCACUGUUUGCAGAAUAGUAAGACUAUUCAGCCACCGAUCAUGCUUACUGUGUUCUUCUGAGAAAAAAACAAGCAAACAAACAACUAACAAACAAAAAGUUAAGGAUCCUUGAUAUUUUUGAAAACAGAGAUUUCCUCUAUCCCCCCAUUUAAGCCUUCGGGUUCACGCGUAAAUGGUGUUUCGGGUACCAAAAACACAGGUAUGCUCAUGGAAAUGGUCUCCAGCAUGAGAACGGAUGAAAAAGGAGAUGUUUUAAUACGAAGAUGUCAUACAUCAUACAGCGCAUGCCCAGUAUGGUAUGCUAUCGUAUUUCCAUUGUUUUAUCAUUUUUGUGUCUCCGUUCUCUAAAAUAACCGUAUGUGUGUGGACGAGGUCAAAUAAACACUGUUCUCCCCCCAAGUUUUACGUAAAAUUGAGGAAAAUGUGAAGGAGGGGGAUGGGGGAUAAACGUGUAUUAUGGGCUAUAUGAAAAUGUUAAAUAAAAACGUUUGUCUACAUUUGACCUGUAUUUUUUUGCGCAUAUGAACAAUGUCCACUAUUUUCUGACUUAUGUGACGUUUUUGUUUUCUCUGUCCCAUGGAAAGGGAACGAAAAAUACGUGUAAAAUUGAUGCAACAUGAACUUCUUUUCAGCAGUUGCAGGCAAUAUUACUGUAAAAACAAAACGUAAGUCGAAUCUGAAAAAUUAUAACUUUCUUUUGUGUUUUGCAACCAGCGCGUUCUAUUAUGUUAUUUUUUUCGAAACUCCUCAAACAAGACUCAAUUUUGAUAGACACAAAAAACGUGUUCUCUUCAUCCAAAAUAAUUAAAACUAAAAUAAAAUGGCUUUCCUUCCCAUCUUUACUGAAUAUACACUGGAAAUAAAUCACUAAUGAUUGUUUUCCCGCCUUUUUGUGUUAUUGAACAAAUAGCUAGUGAAGAAACAAGCUUUCUUUAAAUGUGAAGUAAACAAAAUCUAAACGAGAAAAAAUAAUUAUUCAACUCUAAUUAAACUUUACAACAAAUUGGUCUGACUAGACGGGUUUACAGAACUCCAUUUUAUUUCAUGGUCUUCUCGAUAGCGAAAUUUUACGAGGAACAAUUUUUACAACGGGAAAUCUUUGACUAUUAAAAAAAUUGCAUUGUAAAAAAAGCAUUCACUGAGUGCUCCUGAAGAGGAAGACACCAGGGUCCCGCCGCACAGAAUCGGCAGUUCUCGACUGAAUCACCAGACCUUCUUACGUUUUUCCUUUACGAAUACAAAGGAUUCUUUGGACACAGUUCAGGGGCAGCGGAGCAUUUUUAAACGUAACUGGGGCCGGCGGGGAGGGUGGGGGGCUCAUCGUACACCACGCCAAGCGUAUACAUGUACCUCUACUGAAAUUUCUCAGAAUGCCGUUUGCGUGGUUGUGUGGAACAAAAAGCUGUUUCAUUGCUUGUGACCUUAACAGUUUUCGGAUCGAUCAUUAUCAUAUGAUAUUAGAUAUUUUUUGAGCCGUCGAAAGGGUGGAAAAUGUAUGUCUCCAAUGGCAUGCACAGUUAAUAGCAAAUUCAAUCUUAUAAAAUGCUGAGCACCUGUCUGAGGCGCGUUUUUGUAACAGGAGUUUGUGGAAAGCUGAGCAACCCGAGAUUUUGAGGAAAAACAACUUUUACAAAUGAUAGCCAUAUUUUGCAUAGCGGAACUGAACGGACCUGAGUGAAUGAGGAUGUUGUGUAUGAAUCAACGAAUCUUCCUAACUAUUUUUUUUGGGCCUAACACGCAUGCGUCUGUGAAGAACCGUUCGGACCAUGAGUGUUUUAAACCAUAAGUGAGCGAAAUGAGUUGUCGAUCCAAAUAUAUAGGUCAAUUUUCUAAGGCAAAGUCAGGUUGAUUGUGCUGGUGGGGUUAUAGGGUGGUGAGAGAUGGCCAACUCUCUGAAACCUGCUUGACUAACCCGUGCAGCGGAGACAAUUGACUUACCGGGGGGGGACUGUCGAGCUUGCUGACGGACCCCAAACUCCGGCCCAGCAAGUGCAGGGAGGUGUUCGACCUAUUAACUCGGUCCCAGAGGUUAAAUGGGAACCCUCGCGCCGGAGGUAAAAUGGCUAACUCUCUCCCAGAGGUUAAACGGGAAAAGGGCCACUAGAGCUGCCUCCCCUGACAGGGUUUUUGCUAUUUUUUGUGACGUGUCACGCUGUCACGCAAUAUGUAAAUUUUUAACCCGGGGGGGACUCCCAUAUGAAAGGGGUGGGGAUGCUCAUCGGAAAUUUUGAAUAAAACCCCUUAAGAAAACCAACCUGGGCGUGGGCCAACGUUUUUUGACCCCUAAAGGAGACCAUUUUUUGACAAUGUUCUUUAGGUAUUGAUGUUGUAGAAAACAUAAUGUAAGCGCCAGGAGUGUUGCCGUUACCUUUAUAGUAUUUUUAUUUUUGCUGCGUUUUCAGUUAUUUUCGUGUUAUAGCCAUAGGCCCUAGCGCGAAUAUUUUUGGGGGUUAAUUGGCGUGCAUGAAUUUUUUUCAUUUAACUGUCCCUUGCACGAAUAUUCUUUUUGUAGUUCACCCGCUCCCCCCCCCCAUAAGUUUUCUAAUUGUCCGUCCCUUACCGCAAGAUUUUGUCACCCUCUGUUAUCAAGGGAAUUACUGUAGCACUAUUACAUAUAGACAAUAGUUAAGCGUGAUUUCAAUCGUAACAGCUUUCGCUCUGAUAUUUUAGGUCAACCAUGGCAUGAUCUCAAGGUAGUACGUAACCCUAACGAAAUGUGGCUACAAUGGAAAACUUUGUUCCUAGAGGUGUCUGAUGUACAGAUCCGAUCCGAUGAUGUACAGAUCCGAUCUAAGCGCGUUCGUGGUUCCAAAGUCUGUGGAUAACUGCGAAAAACGAAAAUUGCGCGAUUUUUUCUGAAAAUCGCGCGAUUCGCGGGAAAUCUACAGUGCCGCGAGGAUUCUGGGAACGAGAACCCAACGAUGGCUAUAUGGAAGACAUGAUCGUCGACUGCUGAUGGAAAAUGCUACAUUUAUUGGUCAAGAUCUCGCGCAAAAUGGACUUUCCUAUGAUUACUACCUUUGGAAAUGUUUCGAUCCUCGUUCUGUGUCAUUUUUGGACCAACUUAUCUGCCGGCGUAACUGCAAGUCGCUGAAAUGUUGACCACUUGUUUCGCUGUGUCCGACCGUACCAUAACGUUGCUUGGCUAUUACAAUGAUGUAUACAGGUAAGCUUAAACAACUGCUUAGAAACAUUCGUUGCUUUGUUUAGUAAGAAAAUCUCUGGUAAGAUUUCUCUAUAAUCCCGAUACAUUCAACAUGUUUACAUGUUUCGAUUCUAUAUAAUUAUGGACACUGUAUGAAAACUACAUGCAUAAUGAGCUAAAAUGUACUGUAAAUAUCGAGUUAUACGGAAAUCCUACCAUUCAUAUCUUUAGUUAUAUAUAUUUAUGUUGUCAUAGCCGCCUGAUCUACCUCCAGCAGCCGCUGGAGGUAGAUCAAGGGUUAAUUCCGACAUAUCUAGUUUGGGUCAAACCAUGAAUUAAGUUUGAAUGGCCCACAUGGAAUUUCGAUUGUCAUGGAGCACCUUCAUCUCAAACAUCAAACUUCUUAUGCGCUGAACCUAAUGCAUAAAUUACUGGUAAGAAUUGUAGACCAUUGUACCUUGUGAAAAUGAAUUUAGUCCCACUAAUUUAUUUUGACGUCUGAGUCAACCAUCAAACUUGUAUCAUUUUGGUUGGCCUAAAUAGGUCUUGAGUUUGGUGUAUGAAAGUUUCGAGGGUUGAAUUGGGCCUUACACAGUACAGUCAAACUGAAUUUCAGUCGAAAAUUUAUUAUGUACAAUAAAACGCCAAUCAGAAUAGCUGUGCCGCUUUCUGUAUUUGUCAGUGAUUCAUCGAUAAUCUAUUCUCGGUUUUCACUCAUGUGAGAAAGCAGAAGUAAAAAUGGAAACCUUUUAAUACAGAAAAGUCUAGAAUCUGAGAAAUGAAAGAAGAUAAAUAUACAAAAGCCUUGCCAAGAAUCAGGUCUGUGCAAUAUUUCAUAUGCUAGAUAUUCGAAAAACGUUUUACCCAAAUUUAUAAAGCUUUGUAUGGAGACGCCAUGUUUGUGGCUCGUUCAGGGGCACAAAUAUGGCGCUUGAAACCAACAGAAACAUCUGUUUUUGAGUUUUCCUACUAGCGUGCGUGAAUUCUCCGCUUGAGGAACUCAUAAAGGUUAAAGUAAUAUUCAUUCUAACACAAGGAAUGUUUAGAUAGCAAAAUCUCCAAAAUCCAUAAUGUUUUAACCCACAUAAGAGCUUUCCCAGCUGCCAGCUAAAUGCCGCAUCAUGCAAAAGCCUUGAAAUUCAAGCGUCCUGCAUCGCAAAAUAAAGAACCCUUUUGAACUGAAAAUUUUUUUGUAUAAAGGUUUUAAGGUGCUCUAGUAUCACAUGAAAGUAGAAACUCAGAAGAAGCGAUAGUUUCUUAGUUUGAAUUUUGGUGACGUCAUGUGAAAACCAAGAAUAAUUAGGUGCAUAGUUUUGUACAUUCAAAACCCUAAAACUGUUUUGUUCUUGCUUGUUUACAAUGACUGCAGAAAAAGCUAGGUAAUAACAAGUGUAAGCAAAAAAGAUAAGCUAAAAAUACCUUCAUUCAGUUCAUGGUGUUUUAAAAUGUGUACUGCACCACGGCUCGUUUUGUGAAGUAAAGAUCAGUGAAUUUUGAAACAGUACAUUGUAUAUGUAAAAUUAUCUUGUGCAAAGGUAACCAGUUAAGUGAGGAAACAUGUACAGUUUUAAUAAGAAUAAGUAGCGCUUCAAUUAGAAAAGGGUACUGAAUGUAGUUUGUUUGCCAAAUGAGCUGUGUAAUUUUAGACCACACAUGCAACUUUGGCAACUUUAAGCGCUCAUAUAAAGUAAAGUAAGGAAUAUUUUCACCCAAGACUUUUUCAACUACUAUAAAGUAAUAAAUAGUUGCCUUGUUUUCAUUGGAAUCAUUGACAACCAUUAUGCAAGGAAUUCAACGCUUUCUACGGUUUGUCUUUUUAGGACUAUGGCACUGUACUAUGAAACGAUCCAAACGAUGGACACAAUCCCCCAUUUGAAACUAUAGAUCGUUUUGUUUAACUUUCAGCUUUCUAUGUUAGCGAUGACACUGAGUUCGAGUUUAUAGAACUGUGUAGGAAAUAUCGCUUUCGGUUGCUUUUCCUCGACUUCAAAAGCAGUAUUUUACAUAAAACAUAAUAUAAGGAAUGCUCAAGAUGAUAAAGAUGCUAACAUCCUUUAAUCUUUCUGCAACACACGAUUUAUUUUAUCACCUUUACUAUGCCUUUCAUCGCCAGUACUAAAUGUCACGUAGCAUCUAUUUUUUACUGUUUUUAUAUCUCAUAGCAACCAUAACUUCACUUUUACUGUAGCAGCUGUUUGUAAAUACCAUAGCAACCCCAAGUUAGCUUUUAUUGCCAGUUCUUGUAAUUUAAUGGUCAUUCGUGAAUAUUGCCCGAUGAUUGUGGCCAUUCUUUGACCAAAUGAAACAGCGUUGUCGCAAUAAAACGAUGAAUUGAAAUCUUACUACUAAUGGAUCAUUAUAGUCACUGCUCCUCUCAGAGUUGAGCCCUGUCCAAAAUUUAUUCUAUUCAAAUUUAAGAAGUUUAUAUGUUGAAGUCCCAUAGAAUUUUGAAAGCUUUCAUUUAAUAUUAUUAUUUUAAUCUCUAACCAUACUUAAACUGCAAAAUUUAUGUUAAAUAACUUAAAAUUGUAAUCUAUUCAACAACAUUCAUUCAUUUCAUUUCAUUUAUUUCAUUUAUUAGUUUAUUCAGACAUAUUAUAUUUUCUCACUGCCCACAAAUAGCAAAGGCUAUAGUCUAGGUGGGCAGUGUCUAUAUUAAACAAAAUAUGCACUCCUAGUGUGGAGCCAGAAAAUUCACGUUCACGUCUGCACAGUACCAGAAUAUGCGCAGCAUUCCAAGUAUACUAUGCUAAAGGGUUUCGUUUCUUUGCUUCUGCUGGUGUAGCAUCAGGUCUCCAGGUUGUAAAAUUCUGUUUGUUUCCUUCUGUUUGAUGGAGAUAGAAUUGGUUGGACUACACCUGUACUUGUUUUCACUGCAUUGCACCUUCUUUCUUGCCUCCAACUCAGAUUUUUUUGUAUUUCACAUCCAAAAUCCAAUUUGCUUUACUACCAAACUUGGGACUGAUGAUUAAUCUUAACGCAGAAGGAAUAUAUUUUCUCCAUUAUGACUGGAACUAAUAAAUUUCCAAAAGACUCCGAUUCAAUGCCAAGUGCCUUCAAACUUUAAAUGUUAAUCUCAAUAUUGUCAUACAAACCACAUACAUUUAGUUUCUUUGUUUCAUGCACUGAACUGACCAUAGCAAUUUCAAAGCUUCCAUGUGGUCAGAAAUCAACAACUGUGGCUUACAAAUUCUAUCUUUUAGAAUAUUAUUGAUGGUUUCCUAAUUAUCUUCAGUGAGAGGCAACCCAGUGAAUAUUAUAUUAUUUUAUGCUUCAAUCUACCCACAAAAUGGCAAAGCUUAAUCAGAAUGAAAUAUGUGCUGUGCUCUGUUUGAAAAGGUAAUACAAACAACAUGAUGGAGAAAAAUGGCUACAUGAAAUUUUGCACAUAGCCUGUUUAUUAAACUCUGAAAAUCCAAUACAAACACAAACUCAAACUUUCAUUAAACGUGUAUUGCUGUCGAAGGUGAGGGCAAUCAACUGCCUGAAAAAUACAAACCAUAGAACAAGGAAGAGGUAGGAAUGGGGGGGACGAGGGCUGAUGAAAAAUUUUUGUGUGUCAACAAGAUCAAGAAUGCAACAUCCUAGCCUCUUUCUUCAUCACUGUACUCAUAAACUACCGUAAAGGCUAAAUUGCAUUAUUGCAGAUUCGGUGUAGUGUUUUCCAGAAUUGUUUCAUCCAGUUUUUGGAUAGUUUCCAGGCUUUUGUUCACGGUAAAUUUCAAUCCCAUGAGUUUUUCCCUUGAUGAAUCUUAUAUGUGAUCGGCUUGACUAAGAUCCCGGUUGCACCUUCCAUUGUUUUCUGCACAAAAGCUAUGUGGGCAGUUCUAAUUCUCUUUGGUUUUUCAUUGUCCAUUGUUUUCUUCUUGUGUUGUAAUUUCGUUGUUUGAGGAUACGUGUAUUUUGAUUCAACUUGUUGUCAGCUGAUCCAGUUAGUGUAGAGGACCAUGUCACAAAUAAAUUAUGUGUGUGAUGCAAUCAAGUUCAAUUUUCACAUUUUAUGAUUUCUUAGGUUGCGAGCAAGCUCUCCAACGUGACUAAGCUGUAAGAUUUCCUUUAAUCAGUGCGAAAUAGGAACUCAUGUCAAUGAAAGCAUCUGAAGUGAUUGUCACGUUCUCACUCAGUGUAGCAAAACAUCGACGAAUUGCUGCUGGUAAAAAUCUGGUACACGGGGAUAUGCAUUUUCUUUUUUAAGAGAAAGGAAUCAGAGCUGCUUUUCAGGAAUAGGUUUUCUUCGGGCUAGCUAGAAAACUUCAGCUUAUUUUGUUCUUUGACAUCUUCAUGGCACAUUUUAUAAAGAUAACUGACUUUUACUGCUUUAUCAAAGGAGAGGACAAAAUUUCCAGGAGAGAGGCAUUCAAUUUUUUACCCACGAGGUUACAAAGAGAAAAUGCAGUGAUUAUUAGAUUUUAGCGUAACCAUCAGGUAUAUUCUACCCAUGAGGUUACAGAGAGCCAAAAUGCAGUGAUUAUCAGAGUUUAGUGUAACCAUCAGGUAUGCUCUACCCAUGAGGUUACAGAGAGCCGAAAUGCAGUGAUUACUAGAUUUUAGUGUAACCAUCAGGUAUGUUCUACCCAUGAGGUUGCAGAGAGCGGAAAUGCAGUGAUUAUUAGAUUUUAGUGUAACCAUCAGGUAUGUUCUACCCGUGAGGUUUCAGAGAGCCGAAAUGCAGUGAUUAUUAGAUUUUAGUGUAACCAUCAGGUAUGUUCUACCCACGAGGUUACAGAGAGCCGAAAUGCAGUGAUUAUUAGAUUUUAGUGUAACCAUCAGGUAUGUUCUACCCACGAGGUUACGGAGAGCUGAAAUGCAGUGAUUAUUAGAUUUUACUGUAAACAUCAGGUUAUUCCCACGAGGUUGGAGAGAGCAAAUGCAGAGUAGUAGAUUUUAGUGCAACCAUUAGGAAAAGUUUCUCCACAAUAGGAGAGUUUUUUGCUAGAGUUAAACAAGUAUGGCUUUCAUGUGUUUCAGUACAAAGUAAUUUCUGUCAGUAAUUAUAAGCGUAAUUAUAGCACGCAAACAUUGUCAUCUAACUCCUCACUCGUAGCCGAAAUAAGCCGCCAAGUAAUGAAGCAUAUAACGAACUGGAAAAUCGUCCUCAAAUGGUCUCGAUAAGUAAAUUAUACUUAAAUUUGCGAAAGAAAUUGUUGUUUGUCUCCCUGUCACCCAUCAAAAAAGUGACGAGUCAUCACAUUAGGUAUAUUAAACAGAGGUAAUACUCACGGGUUUCACGAAAUCUGUGCACUAUUUUCACCGGGAAACAAAUUUAAAACUUCAGUUCUUACCUUACAAUAGUCUGUUCUUUUACUUUGCAUUCGACAACGAAUUAAAGGCGAACAAAGCAAAUCCGGCACUCUUCUUUCAUAAGUAGCAAGCCGCAUGAAGUAAAAUCCACUGAUAUGCAGUGCAUUCUCACUGCAAAUAAUAAACAAAUGUCAUGGGAAGAAACGACGGGGAAGAAAAAAAUGACAGAUCUUCGCCUCGGUAAUGUAUUCCAGCUACCAAGCCGGCGUAUCUCCAGAAGGUGAACUCGAAGUGGGACAAACCUUGUGAUUUUUUGAGAAGCCAUUUGCGUGCAAACUAAUUAAUUUUAUUCUGGCGUGAAAUGAAGAUACUGAAAUCUAAUACACAAGAAGAAAAUUUUAGCACCUUAGCGCGACAUAUUAAAUGCUCAUUUUUACAAGUACGCGAAGAAAGUGGUUUACCGGUUAGACUUUUUAAAAAUAAAUUUACUCCACAAAAGAAAAAAAUGAUUUGUUUUAAAUCUUGAUCUUAUUUACGUACGUGUGGUAAAUUCAUCAUACAGGCCCCAUCAAAAUGAACGAAUGAAACGGAAUACUUUGGGACAGUUUAGUUUCUACUCAGCGGCCGCUUUGCUUUUAUAACAACAAUUUUACGUUCCAGUCUGGUUUAAACGUUAGCAUAUCAACGCGCACAGCCACUGAAUGAAAACAGCGGUCACAAUCAAGUUCUUUAAAACCGACCAGACGCGUGUACCCUACCACUGUUAUGGUAAGAAAUUAUGCUGAAGGUGUUUUUAAAUGUUUUUGUGACAGUCUUCGCACUGAAGGUGUAAAUGGUUAACUGAGCAGUUGCUUUGAUUAUCAGAAAGACCUGUCAACUUUGAUGAUUUAACUGAUUAGAUUACGGGACAGAAAUUUUACUGCUUGCGGCUCCUCGUGUAUUGAUUUCAAUUUUUAUACAUUGGCUUCUCUGGGAUGUAUCUACACCCGGAACUGCUACACUGAUAUUAUUUUGAAAGGGCGGCAGUUCUAAAUCGUCAAAUAGUGGUCUCCCACAAACCUGACCAAUAUUGGCCAUCAGAAGACGAUUUUAAACCUGGUCCUGGUUGUUCAAAUGCUGGAUAGCGCUAUCCACCGGAUAAAUCGCUACCCAGAGGAUAAGUAUUAGGGAAACCAAUAAUCCAUUGGAUAGAAAUUUAUUCGGUGGAUAGUGUUAUCCACCUUUCGAACAACUGGUGCCUGGUUUUAAAGAAAAGAUAAGAUUUUUUUAAAAAGUGAUAAUUGUUUGAUACUUCGACUCUCAAUUCCAAUUCAAUUGUCAACAAAUUCACCGUUUGCAUGAAAUCAGUCAUCAUUUGGAUGAACAGAUGAACAGAUGUAUCUUUGGAUAUUAAUCGAUGAAAUCGGUAAAAUUAAGAUAAAUUGAUAAGCCAAACGUAGUGUGUCAUCGAUAUCUACCGAUUGAUUGAUACAAUUGAUAUCAAUCAAAUUCAUCUAUAUAAUUAUAAAAAUUGUUUCACCCACACUUCCUAGCCAAUGGCUACUGCUAGUUACAUCGAACUAUUGCAAACAAGUACAUGAGUUCAUGUAGUAUCACUGACAAAUUAUCUCACCUCUCUACCCCUUUAAUUCCCAAUUAACGCCUGCGUCGCAAGUGGAGGUUGGGUGCCCAUGGGCCAGGGGGCUGCAACCGCAAUACACCCCAAGGCGGAAGAACACCCACAGGCCUACCAACCCGCAACCCAGCCACGAGCCCCCCCGCGCCCAGCCCCCCACUAUAGCACCCGUCACACUGAGGCCAGAAGCCCAGUGGAAGUAAAAUGAACCAACCCCUGAAAAAAUAAAAAACUAAAUAAAUAAGAAAGAAAGCGGAGGGAGGGAGGGGAACCAAGAGAAACGCUACGCUACUGGAACGCCACGCCACGCCACGCCACGCUAACAAAGCUUCGAGUACAACGCAAACCCAACGUAGGCACGUGGCCUCCGCAUGCGCCAAAGCGACAUACCGCUGGACAGGAAUCUGCCCUCCAGCUCAUGAACAAUGGUAAACGCUACAACCGCAAACAUAGUCACGCACAACGCUACAGAUGACCAACGCGCUACCAAAGAAUGCCAAAAACACCCGGGACCAUAGCUCCUGGUCGUUAACUACAUUAAAUAUGAUUUAAUAGUAUUAUCAACAGACAAAUUCUCCAGACUGAUCUCCAUACAUUUUCUUAAAAAAUUAGUUGAGAGAAUUUGAUAAAAGAUCCAAUCAUCAAUCAUUAUGGCUACUUUCUUCUGUCCCCAAGGUGGCCAUUGUGGAGAGGUUCAACCAUUAAAAAUACCUUGGAAUUCUAAAAUUAUCAUGUACACUUUCAUGAAACUUUGCUCAAUCGUCAAUUCCUUUUUUUUCUUUUCCAGGCAGAAGAGGAGAACAGAGAUUUGUCUUGAACAGGAUUGUAGCAGAUCUUCAGGUGUUUUUAAGUGGCUCGAACAUUAGAGGAGUAGCUGACAUAACGGAGAUCAUGGCCACUGGAAAGAGAUCACAAGUUGUUAUAAUAGGUUAGUUUGGGAACCUUCAUUGGUAAUACUCUCACUGGUUACUUGCAGAAUUUUAGAAAAAGAUUUAGUUCUGGAGAUGUUUGCUGACACAGGCUAGGAAGUCAUUUACCUGGGGCAGGGCUCUGGCUAAGAUGUCAAGUUGCUGGGUAUAUGAAAUUAGUUGGCAGGGAAUUAGCCUGUGAAAACAGCCUUUUAUCCUUGCUCCUUGUCGCUUGGGACGUUUUGCAAGGAUCCGGAACCUCUGCCACUCAGCGACAGAAAUUCCAUACUGAUGAUGUAAAUCAAUGUUUACACAUUAUAUCCUUUAGUGCUUGGGUUCCAAAUGCAAAUUUGUUCAAUUUUACAUUUCUCCUGGUCGAUUUUGGUUAAGUGUUGUGUUCAUUUGCGAAUGAGCUCCAGCAAAACUCAAAUGCUUCUUGUAGAGAAGAACAUAUUCUACAAUUAAAUAUUGGCUGUCUUGCUAUAGAUUCAUAGCUAGACAUAUAAUAUGUCUAAAGGCAAGCCAGUGGACGAUUGCACACAAUAGAGUUGCAAGAACACACGGUGAGACAUGAAUAGAGGCAUUAUUGAAUUGAGCCAUACAGAUUGAAUGUUACAAUUGUACUACAGGGUUUAUUCUAGAGCGCGGCCUUGAAGGAUUUCUGCAAUUUGGAAAAAAAUUGCUGCAUAAAAUAUAUGUUGUCACAUCACAUGGGGCCCAAAAAAAUAGACCCAAGGAUGAGUACUAUUUUUUUAAAUAAAAGUAUUCAAAAACAUCACUGACAACACUGAUUUGACGGCGGCUCAAAAACUACCUUACUUUGAACUUCUAUGUAGUCAAACAUCUGGGAUUCUGCAGUAAUUUGAGCCCAGGCUUUUUCAGUUGCCCAGAUGUUCCAAAAUGUUUGAAAAGUGUUCGGUGAGUCCGACCAUUUUUAUCUCAUCUAGUGACCAAAAUCAUGGGUUGACCCCUUUGAGAAAUUCUAAUAUGGCCACUUUUUAAAAUCAAUAUUUUAUAGUCUAGGACGACUUGUUUUCUAACUAGAUAAUUGUGAAACACUACUUCAAGGCCUAUUUUUUCCUAAAACAAACGAAAAGGAAACUUGCAAUUUUUGACCAAAUCAUUGACUGACUGACUGACUGACUGCCGGACUGACAGACAGACUGACUGGCUGAAUGAUUGACUGGCCAACUGGCUGAUGACUGACUGGCUGCUGGCUGGCAGACUGACUGACUGAUUGACUCACUGAUUGACAUACUGAGUGACUGACUUGCUGACUGACUGACUAACUGACUGGCUUGUUGACUGAUUGACUUGCUGACUGACCGACUGGCUGAAUGACUGACUGGCUGAUUGACUGACUGAUCGACUGGCUUACUGGCUAACGGACUGACUGACUGACUAAUUGACUGACUGGUUGACUAACUGGCUGACUGACUGACUUAUUAACUACGAUCUAUUGUUCCACUGUAAGUCUUUACUAAAAGAAUGUGACCACUCCGUCGUCUAAUCAGUGCUUAUGAUCAAAUUCUGGACAGAUUUUAUGUCAUCUAGUGAAGGGUAAUAUGGAAUUUCUGUCACUGAGUGCAGACGUUCUUCCUCAUGAAACGUCCCCCAGUGGCAACGAGCGAAGAGAAAGGUCUGUUUUUGCAGGCUGGGUAGUUAUUAAACAUGUCCCUUUGGUUUUAUUUUUCUUUCGUUUGCUAUCAGGUUUUCUUAUCAGGGUUUUCAAUAAGGUCUUAAGUAGGUGGUAAAAGCUUUGGAUUAGGAAGAGAUGGAAAAUCUCACACGUGUUUCUAGGGCACUCUAGGGGCAUGUCCCCCAGAAAAUUUUCAAAAUCUAGGCCUUUUAGAAUACAUUUCCAGCAUUCUGGAGCAAAAAUUAGAGUUUUUGAACAGCACACAGACAUCAUUAAAUUUUGGCUUUUUUAUUCAGUGACCGCAAAUAAGUAAUUUCUUAUUUACCUGUUAUUGUUUUAUUUCUUCUUGCCAAUAAAGCUACAGUAUGAACCACUGGCUAUUUUAGUAACUGUUUGAAAUCAUGUUAUUUGUAAAAAAAAAAACUGUAGUAAUUUCCAACGAAAAGUAGGUGGCCAGUUCACGUGAAAUAGCCUGAAUUUCAUCCGAUUACUUCGAGUCGUUAUUACUCCCUCAGUAACGUCUCAAUCAACGGGCCAUUAAUCAAAUCAAAUCAAAUAUUUAUUUUAUUAUGUAAGAAUACAUAAAAGGAAACGGCAGAGGUUAUCCCCAUCGAGGACGCUCUCUACAUACAAUAUAAAAUAAAUAUACUACAAUGCAGAUGACGAGCGAAUAGUAUCCCAUUAUGCACUUUUUCCAGAAGCAUCACGCAAUAUCGCAGUCAUAGCAGAUUCCAUCAUGAAAUAAGGUUGUUUUCUCGUCGGCUUUUUUCUCACUCGAUUUCCAGUCAAAGUAAGAAAAUUACAUUAUUUCGUUAUUUGACAUGAUUUCUUCGAUUUGCAAUGGCUUAAGAGCGAAGUUUCUGCACAGAAACAUUUAUUUUCACGGUUUCAAGUAGUCUUCCCAUCACAAAGUGUUCAGUGACCCACAACAAGGUCAUGAAUAUUCAAGAUUUUUUGGAAUAUAUGUUGAAAUCCUCGAAAUGUGGACGUCACGCCAGCAAAAUGAAGUCCUGAAUAUUGUACAGGCUAAGAAGUACCCAGAAGUACCCACAUUUUGAAGACCUUUUUGUCGACCAAAGAUGGCUUAAAUUUCGAAUCUUUUAUCACAUUUCAACGCCAUGUGUCAUAAUAUAUGUGUAAAGCCUGCUGAAGGCUACAAUCUGUUGGGCGCUUUCUAGAGCGCUUUAAUAUUUAUGCCGAAGCAAUCACUUUGUAUUUUCAAAGAGGUUAUUUUAAAAAGGAAUCUUUCUAUAAUUAUUUUAAUUCGAAGAAGGAGCGGUGCUUAAUGGUGUGUUUCAGUGUGAAAACAACCUAAAGAAAGGUACCACACAGCAUGCAAGCCGGCACAGCGUAAACAGGCCUGCUCAGAAUUUGAAAAAGAAACAUCAGAAACUUUAUUUAUUCAAAAGAACAGAUCAGUAUUGACUAUUUUGGCCAGGAAAUUUCCUUGAUGGUUGCUUGAGUCAGUACCUGGUAGAUUGUGCUUCAGAGAAUUGUUUGUCGCAUCGAUAGGUUAAAUUUUAUUUGUAACUGCCAUUGUAAACUUCAGCUCCUUUGAGCGCGAUGCUGUAAUAAAUUCUCCUUUGGUAAUUAGCUUCACAGCGUAGCGGCUGUUUUGUUGGAACCACUUUAUAGAUCAGUCAUAGUUUUGGUUCUCCUCUGGCUUGGGUUCUGCUAGUGAACCUAGCGAAGCUUAUCAAUUGCCGAGUCUUAUACUUAAUUUGUGUUUACAGUGCGACCGAGCGCACAAAGGAGUUCUGGACAGAUCAGUGAAAUACAUGUAAAACCCUUCUUAGUCAAAGUAACGCUGAAAUUCUCCUUUAAAGCACAAUGAAUAUAAGCCAACUCGAUAAUCUCAAAAGCAGAAGCUGCUGAACCGAAACAUGUUUGGAAACCAUCCACAUCGAGCACUGUGAUCGAUGUUCACUUCACGCGUGCUGAAGAUUACUGAUAAUGAUGUGUCACGUACGCUGUGAUAAUAUAACAUGAAUCAAGGUGCAUCAUGGGAUACUAUUCGAUCGUCGUCUGACUACAAUGUAAAAUUUAAGACUAAUUAAGAAAUGGCUAAAAAAAUUUACAAAAUUUCAAAAUUUAAAUGCCAUCCAGUGACGUCACUCACUACCCGAAAACUGGGUAGUGAUUUUGAUUGGUUGAUUGUCUAAACAUGAAGAAUGAAGAAUCAUUGCAGAGAGUCAGUAGGUUUUUUAUUUAGAGCCACUUUGUGGUUUCGGCGGCUGGUGAUUUUGUUUUCGCAAAGUUUUUUGAGAUCAAUGUUGUAAUUCAACCUUCUUGCUAUUUUCACCGUCAAGUGUAAUGAUUCUGUUACCUUUUCUUUCUUGUUUCCUUCUUUUUUUCUUCGUUAAGGAUGAAAUAGCUUCUUUUCAAUUAAAGCAAAUUAUUGUGUUUUUGAACUACCGUAUUAGUGUUCCGUGUGUGUGUUUAUUUCAUUGCAUGAUUGCGACCGAGUUUGAAUAUAGAAUUCAGUACAACUGGUUCAGAGUUUUACUGCAUGUAGUUGGUAGUUUGCACGUUAAACAUGAAUUACAAUUAAAAAAAAUAAAGCAGUUCUGUAUCAUGCAGACAUUUCCAAAUGAUAUUUCUCGGUUUGCCACUUGAAAAUCAUGUUUUACUUUUUGCAUGAAUUAAAGCAAAGGUCAAGGAGUAGUGACGUCACUGGAUGGCAUUAACAACUGUUCGAUUCAGACGUUACUGAGGGAGUAAUAAUGACUCGCAGUAAUUGGAUGAUAUUUAGGCUAGCGGGCUGCCAGCUCUUGUUGAAAACCCUUAGUUAUGCCGUUUAGAAGCCGGGAAAAUUCCUAGGCCUCCUGCCCUUAUUGACAGCCCUGAUCUGAGGAACAGUUGGGGUUUUCCUCCUAAAACUGAGUUGUUCUACAGGAAUUAG